AUGGAUGACUCUUCCGACAUCAUGGCGCACUCCUCGCAGACCGAGCCCGCUACUUCCUCGCCCCGAUCUCCCCAGCAGGAGCAUCAACAGCAGAAGCCCAAGCGCCGCAAGCAACGCACCUGGAACGACUUCGAGCUGACGACGGCGCUGGCCCUGAUCUGCAAAGGCGAGCACAAGGCGCCGCCUUCGCAGUACAGAAAGCGACGCUACACCGGCCACACGAACGGAGACGGAAGCAACGACAUGAUCUUCUCCUUCGCGACCAAGCUCAACGAGGCCCUCAACGGCGCCGAGCCUGGCAACUACGACCGCGACAUACCCGUGCGCGACGUGCGCGAGCUGCUGGGCGCGCUGGGCCGCCACCGCAAGGGCGCCAUGUCGUUCCUGGAGCGCCAGGGCACGCCCAUGGUGCUCACGCGCACCAAGAAGCGCGUCUUCAUGCGCGAGCUCGGGUUUGAUGGUAGUAUGGAGGAGUGGGUCGUCGGCCAGCGCCGGGAGAUGGUGGCCAAGGAGCGCGAGACCCGCCGGGGGCGCAUCGAGGUCGGCACGGCGAGGCGCGACUCAGAUGGCAGGCGGGUGCGCUUCAUCCGCUCGGCGCGCGGCGGCGGUGACAUUGAGAGACGGGGUCAUCGUCGGUCGUCGAGUUCGUCUUCUUCUGCGGAAGAUGGGGGCAUUGAGACGACCUUCAAGACUGCGGCUGGCCAUGAGAUCGAGCGUUACAAGCCGGCUGCGGAGAAGCCGCGCGAUGCCGAUCGUUACGUCCCUGCUGACAAGGAGCGGGAGAAGUCGUCGCCUUCGCAGCAGCGUCGGGACAACACCAGUGGUCGGGAGAAGAGCAAGUCACCUGACCACAAGGAUGGCGUUGCUGCUUCCUCUCAGAGCCGUGGACGUGAUGGUGAUGAGGGCAAGGGCUCCAAGGAGCGGGAUGUCAGCGGUUCUCGUGCGCCGCCUCGUGCCAAAGAUGGAGAUUCUCCCCCUCACCCAUCCAGCAAGCAGGGCAACCAGCCGCCCGAGACGCCUCGCAUGGCCGAGAUCCAGCGCAUCAUCAACAGCGCCGACCGUCCCCGGGCCAAGCGACCAGAGCAUCCCAACUCUGCUGCACCCGCACCCGCACACCAUCUACAGCCCCGACACGAGUUCUACCAGCCACCCGGCGUCCCCGACUUCUCGCUCCGUCCGCAGUCCAUCGGCAUGCUGGGCGGCUACAACGUCGACCACGAGGUGAACAUGGACAUGGCGCCACCGCCCGCCCCCUGCGGCGGUGGUGGUAAUGGUGGCAACAGCAGCUACGGCGACGUCUUCUCGCCCGCCUCGCCCAUGUUUGCGGGCCCGCAUAGCAUCUACGGCGAUCUUCGACAGAGCAUCCACCCCACGGGGCCCAUGUCGCCCAGCAUGGCGGCCUCCUCGCCUCAGCACUACGGUCCCCAUGCUCACGGUCAUGGUCAUGUUCAUCAUCACGCCCAGGGUCAACCUCAUCACGCCCAGGGGCAUCAUCAUCAUCACAACCAACAUUCGCAUCCAGACCAUCAACAGCGGCACCGUGGCUCGCCUCAGCAGCUGCAAUAUGACGAUCCCGUUCGUUACGGUGAUGGCCGUGGUAUCAGCGGCUUCCAGCCCUUCCAGCUGCAUCCACGAAGCGCAGGAGGCGCACCUGCGUGGAGCCCGUCCAGGCCGACCAGCCCUGCGGAGCCGACGUCGACGAGUCCCUACCAUCAGUACUCGCCUACGAGCCCGGCGCAGGCGACUGGUCCGUACCAUCAUCAGCAGGAGUAUCAGCAUCAGCAUCGGGGAUGGGGUGCUGGACCGAAGCACGGGGGCUAUGGGCAGACAACUGAUCCGGGCGCGGCUUUUGGUGAGCGUCGCAGAAUGGUGGACGGUGGCCGUCAUUGA